CAAUUAUUUCUAUUAGUAUCUCAUUAGCACAUCUGUUUUUACAGCUGAUAUUAGUAGGAAUAUAUUGUUUUUAUCGUCAUGUACGAAGUUUAGAAUACCUAACAAAUCAUCUCGGCGUUGUUAUUCACGCGGAUCAAAAUGCUCUAUCUGCUUUUGUUGCUCAAUCCAGUCCUUGCUGCUGUGCCCGUCCCCACAGACGAUACUGCUACAACGCUGGGCGAAUGGAUUUCCCUACUCGUCUCACGAGGCGUCUACUUCCUGCUGGCCACUCUAAUUGCAUUGUGCUUUAUUGUAACCACCGUUAGAAAGAAGCUCGAUGAAAGAGCGACACUACGCGGAUCGGGUCCUGAAACCAGUAGGAUGUCUACGUUUUGGGCUGGUGCAAAUCCAUAUUUCUCUUUAACAGGCACGAGGUUCAACCAAAGGUGUUUCGUGCCGGACAACGCCGAAUACGAAACUCUCAACGACCGCCUCAAAGAGGCCGACGUGAUGAUUUCCAGCCUUAAGUCCGAACUGGAUUUGGCCAACAAGGGGAAGAUUUCACUGGAAAACACGUUGGACCUGUACGAAAGGCAGAAAAUGGGUUCGGAGGACGAGGUUUUAAGGAUGAAAAUAGACAGUGCUUUGGAAAUAGAAGCUUUGAAAAAGGAAGCUGGAUUAACCGAAAGACAACUGCAGAUAGCUUUAGAGGAAAGGAACGAUUUGGCAAAAGAAGUCGAAUGUUUAAAACGCGAAGGAAGGAUCACCCAGUCGGCUCUCAGAGACCAGAUGAACCUCACGGAACGGCUGGAGAAGGCGAGAAACGAGAUCGAAGUUAUGCAACUGAAGAUGAGGGACGUAAAAGCCGAGAGGGACCUGGCCGUCAAGCUCGCAUCGGACAUGAUAGAUUGCAGCAAAGGAAUGGGUUUUACUGAAAACGAACAAAAGCGCGCUAUAGAAAAACUGAUCGAAGAUGAAGUCAAGAGGAUCCGAAUGAUCGAAGAGGAGGAAGCUAGGGCUGAAGAGUUAAAAAUGGAAAUGGACGACAUGGACCUGAAGAACCAACCUUAUUCGGACGAUGGAACCCCUCCCAUUUUUAAUUCCUGCCCAUACGAUAAGCAUGCACGAGGGUAUGUGAUAACGGAAACCGAUACAUCCGAAACGGACCAAACCCACGAAGACUCCCGACUUCGCGGAGACAAUUCCAAUAUUAACCCUGGCGAAUUCUAUUCAACUGAGAAUAUUGUAGACUCGAGGAUUUCAUCACAAGUCAGUUUGGCGAGUGAUGAGUAUAUCGAUGACGAUCUGGAUGAUAAGAACAGGCUUGUAACUGGAACAGCAGCUUUCCGUGCAUUCCUAAGCUCCCUGUCACAAACCAACAACUGCUAGCAAUUUGUUCGGCGUUAAUUAAACAAAAUAUAUAUAAAAAAUACAAAUGAAAA